AUGAAAAUUGACAUCCAUAGUCAUAUUCUACCAAAAGAAUGGCCAGAUCUAAAAAAGAGAUUCGGCUAUGGAGGCUGGGUGCAGCUCCAACAUCACAGCAAGGGGGAAGCAAAGAUGCUAAAAGAUGGGAGGGUCUUCAGAGUGGUCCAAGAGAACUGCUGGGAUCCAGAAGUUCGUAUUAGAGAAAUGGACCAAACAGGGGUGACCGUGCAAGCUCUUUCCACAGUUCCUGUCAUGUUUAGUUACUGGGCCAAACCUCAGGACACUCUAGACCUGUGCAAGCUUUUAAACAACGACCUAGCUGCCACUGUUGCAAAGCACCCCAGGAGGUUUGUGGGUCUGGGGACAUUGCCCAUGCAGGCCCCUGAGCUGGCCGUCAAGGAAAUGGAGCGCUGUGUGAAGGAGCUGGGUUUUCCAGGGGUCCAGAUUGGCUCCCACAUCAAUGAAUGGGACCUGAACGCGCAGGAACUCUUCCCCAUCUAUGCAGUGGCUGAAAAGUUGAACUGUUCCCUAUUUGUCCACCCCUGGGACAUGCAGAUGGACGGACGAAUGGCCAAAUACUGGCUCCCUUGGCUUGUAGGAAUGCCAGCAGAGACCACCACAGCCAUUUGCUCCAUGAUCAUGGGAGGAGUGUUUGAGAAAUUUCCUAAACUGAAAGUGUGUUUUGCACAUGGAGGUGGUGCCUUCCCUUUCACAGUAGGAAGAAUUUCCCAUGGAUUCAACAUGCGCCCAGAUCUGUGUGCCCAGGACAAUCCGACCAACCCAAAGAAAUACCUUGGUUCCUUUUACACAGACUCCUUGGUUCAUGAUCCUCUGGCACUUAAACUGUUAACAGAUGUCAUAGGAAAGGAUAAAGUCAUUUUGGGAACUGAUUACCCCUUUCCACUAGGGGAGCUGGAACCUGGAAAAUUAAUAGAGUCCAUAGAAGAAUUUGAUGCAGAAACAAAGGAUAGACUCAAAGCUGGCAAUGCCCUAGCAUUUUUGGGUCUUGAGAGAAAACAAUUUGAAUGACUUGCAUUUACUACAAAGACAAACAUUCAAGAAGAUAUUUUAUUUUUGUUUGUAAAUAUGUAUCACACGUACAUUACUAAAAUCUUAUUUUGAACUAUUUUAUCCAGAAAUAGGAUAUACACAAAUGUUCUAAAUUAUUCAUAACAAAAAUGAGUCACAGAAUUUGUUUUCAUUCUGAAAAGCAAUAUAUUAUUUCAUGUGCAAAUCAAAAAUGAUUUUCCCUGCGCUUUUUAAAUUAAUGGCAGAAAUAAAAACCAAAUGUCAUUCAUGAUUUAUAUGGAGAAAGACCAAAACCAUCCUGGAGGGCUGAGGUAGGUUCUCCACUUUGAGCAAGUAUAUGUGAAUGGGGCCCAAAUAACCUGUUUUCAUUCACUUUUAAUACCUUCCAUUGGUCCACAACUGGACUGGGAAUGCUUUAGAGUCCAAAA